UGAACCAACGCAUAAUGCGUGCACUAUUGUCUUAUAUUCAUUAGACAAAGCAUACAGUAUCCGCGUACGCCAAGAUGUUGUCUCGCGUACUAACCGCUUGCGUUCUGGUGUCGGCUUGCCACGCCAUUUUCCCGUUCCACCACCAUCACCACCACCACCCGGCGAUCUCCCACCAGGAGCUGCAGAAGCACGACGGGCCCCACCACCCCGUGCACAUCCCCAUACACCACCACAUCCCCAUCCACCAUCACGUGCCCCUACUGCACCACCAUGUGCCCCAUGUGCCCCAUGUGCCCAUUCACCACAUUCCGCAUCAUGACCAUUAUACGUUCCCCGAGUAUAAGUUCGAAUACGCCGUGCACGACCACCACACGGGCGACGUGAAGUCGCAGCACGAGCACCGCCACGGCGACCUGGUGAAGGGCGGCUACGAGCUGGUGGAGCCCGACGGCCGCCUCAGGAAGGUCGAGUACAAGGCCGACGACCACGCCGGUUUCAACGCCAUCGUCCAUCACUCAUCGCCUCACCAUCAUGUUCAUUUCGGCCAUCACCAUAUCUAAACGAUAGAGCCAAAACAGGACACUCACAAGGACCGACCAAUGCACUUAUAAGACUGACUCAUGUCCAUACACAGUAAUGAUAGCUUUAAGAGAAAUA